AUGCGGUCCGAGGACAAUGAAAAGCACGAGACUUCCGGCACGGAAAAACAGCAAAACGGCUGUUCAGAUGUCAUAGCAUCAAGCGUUGAAAUGCAUGAUGCAUCCACCGAGCACAGAGAUAUCGCUGAAGGAAAAAAUGAGGCCGAGCAUUGGAACAAGCCUUUUACCAAUGUAGGAAGGCUGGGCUUUGCGUUUCUGUCCUUCAUCAUCGCCGGGAUGAACGAUGGCGCUGUUGGCUUGGAAGAAUAUUACAACCUUAGCUAUACCACUGUGUCGCUGGUUUUCUUGACACCAUUCGUGGGCUACUCUCUCGCAGCUUUUACCAAUGCGACUAUCCACAUGAAAUUGGGGCAGAGAGGAAUUGCCUUUAUUGCGCCGAUAUGUCAUAUCAUCACCUACGCUGUCUUGGCGAUACACCCACCUUGGCCCGUACUAAUUAUCAUCAAUAUAUUUAGUGGUUUCGGUAAUGGAGCAUGUGAUGCCUGCUUCUGCGCAUGGGUUGGUGUUAUGAGAAAGGCAAACACAAUUCAGGGGUUUAUGCAUGCUUGUUAUUCAGUCGGUGCUUUACUUGCGCCUAUGAUUGCAACCAGCUUUGUGGUUUCAGCAAAGCUGCCCUGGUAUACCUUCUACUACGUCAUGGUCGGACUGUCAGUAAUAGAAUGGGUUGGUCUUCUCACCACAUUCUGGCAUAGAACCGGGGCCGUGCAUCGGAUGAACCACCAGGACGAGUCAGAAAAGGGCGGAGUUGGCCUCCGUGAAGCGCUCAAAUCCAAGGUGACAUGGCUCUGUGCAGCAUUCUUUUUUGCCUAUAUGGGCGCAGAAGUUGGUAUCGGCGGGUGGGUUGUAACCUUUAUGCUACGAGUCCGAAACGCUUCGAGAUAUGCUUCCGGAGUCUCUGGUACUGCUUUCUGGGCAGGUAUGACGGUGGGGAGAGCAGGUCUCGGCUUUGUGACAGAACGGUUUGGUGAGCGCCUCUGCAUCACAGUCUACCUUGCAUUUGCAGUCACUUUUCAGUUGCUUUUCUGGCUGGUGCCAAACUUCGUCGUAUCUGCAGUCAGUGUGGCAUUUCUAGGGGUUUUCUUAGGGCCUCUAUUUCCUGGGGCUGUUAUGGUUACGGCAAAACUGCUCCCACAGCGCAUUCACGUCAGCGCUAUUGGUUUCGCGAUGGCAAUUGGGGGGACUGGCGGAACAAUCUUCCCUUUUAUUAUUGGUGCCAUCGCCUCACAUGCGGGCGUGGGCGUACUGCAGCCCAUCAUCCUAGCUCUGAUCGCUUUGGUGACUAUAAUCUGGCUCAAUUUCCCUCAUGUUAACGAGGAGGAAAGGCUACUUUUGAAAAUUGGUCGCUUGAUCAAGGCAGUUUCCACGAUACCCACGAAACAGGAGUCGGUUUGA